AAAAGUUUAUAACGUUUGUUACAGACGAGCAUAGUCAGUUUGUUAUAUAGUAAAUGGGAAAUCUUCAUGAAGGAGGUCUACUUGUUCGAAAGACUCGAUACAAACAGUCGUAACGAAGAAGUAAAACACCUGAAAUGUAUAGUGUUCAUAAGGCCAACAAAAGAAAAUAUUGAAUUAUUACGCAAUGAACUGAGGUAUCCUAAAUAUGGAACAUAUUAUAUUUAUUUCAGUAACAUUAUCGCAAAUGCUGACAUUAAACUGUUGGCUGAAAGCGACGAACAAGAGGUGGUGAAAGAAGUGCAUGAAUAUUAUGCAGAUUAUUUAGCUGUCAGUCCGCAUUUAUUUUCUCUUGGUAUCACCGGCUGUUCACAAGGAUUACUAUGGAAUCCAGCACACUUGCAGCGAACCGUUUUAGGCAUAAUUUCCGUUCUGCUAUCAAUUAAAAGGUGUCCUUAUAUACGCUACCAAAGUAGCUCAGAAAUGGCAAAAAGACUAGCAGAAAGAGUACGAGAAGCUCUGACGAAAGAAUCAAAUUCAUUUAACUUUAGGCAAGAAUCUAGUCCGGUUCUACUUAUAUUGGAUAGAAGGGAUGAUCCUGUUACGCCAUUAUUAAAUCAAUGGACGUAUCAGGCAAUGGUUCACGAGUUAUUAACUAUCAAUAAUAACCGUGUUAAUCUGUCACAUGUAAAGGGUAUUGCAAAGGAAUUAAAGGAAGUUGUUCUCAGUGCAGAACAUGAUGAAUUUUAUGCAAAUAAUUUAUAUCACAAUUUUGGUGAAAUUGGGCAAACGAUAAAAGAACUGAUGGACGAGUUUCAAAAGAAAGUUAAGAAACACCAAAAGGUGGAAAGUAUAGCCGACAUGAAAACCUUCCUAGAAACUUAUCCCUUAUUUAAGAAACUAUCCGGUACUGUCUCGAAACAUGUAACAGUAGUUGGAGAACUUUCAUCAUUAGUAGAACGACACCAUUUACUGCAAGUAUCAGAAUUAGAACAAGAACUCAGUUGUCAGACUGAUCAUUCGAUGCAGUUACAAAAGAUAAGAGAACUUAUCAAUAAUCAGCAAAUUAGGGAAAUUGAUAUGACGAGAUUGGUAAUGCUGUACGCCCUUCAUUAUGAAAAACACGCGAGUAACGAUAUUAGUGGAUUAAUUAGUUUACUGAAGAAUAAAGGGGUGUCGGAGAAAAAUAUUAAGUUUAUACACCAUAUAUUAGAAUAUAGUGGAAUUAAUUCAAGACAUAGUAAUUUAUUUGAUCGCGAAGCAGUAGCCAAGAUUACGAGAAAAUUAUUCAAAGGUUUAAGCGGAAUAGACAAUAUAUAUACCCAGCAUACGCCUCUCUUGAAUGAAACUCUCGAGGACUUAAUGAAAGGAAAAUUAAGUCCACAAACAUUUCCAUAUCUUGGAAAUAUGGUAAUAUCAAAGAGGCCGCAAGAAAUAAUUGUUUUUAUGGUUGGUGGUACGACUUAUGAAGAAAGUUUGGCUGUGUACAAUUUAAAUAAACAAAAUCCAGGAAUAAAGAUUAUUUUAGGUGGUACCAAUGUCCAUAAUUCUCAGAGCUUUUUAGAAGAAGUGCAAUGUGCUACGUCAGGCAUUUUAUCAAAGUACAAAAAUAAUAAUAAUUAAAAAUUAUCUAAUUGUAUAUUUUUUAUUAAAAUAUUUACUUCUGCGAAUUUAUGAUCACGAAGAAUCGAUGUAAGUUAUUCUUUUGUAAGAAAUAAUGUAUUAUUAAUUACUAUAUUAAAUCAAAGCUAUUGC